AGAGGUAUUGGGACACAAAGGCUGUAGCCUUCGCCAGUCGCUAGGGGCUACUCAAUUCGAUGCCUCCUUCACCUUGGGCAAGUGGAUGCACGACACCUCACAACUGCCCUCGAGACACUACGAUAGAGGUAACACCUGGAUGCUACAAAGUCCACUACAACAUUGCGGCGUUCUCUGAGGCCCAGGAGAACGUAGCAGAUCCACCAGCGGACGUUCGAUCCAACAUCACUUCGAAAGCACAUUCCAAUCUCAAGAAAGAAGAGGCAGUUCUGGUUCUUCAUAAACAGUUUCCUCGCGUUGUCAAGGUCGACUAUGGCAAUGACAAGAUUGCGUAUGAGACGCUCGCGAUCGGCUAUAACGACAAGCCGAUGCAGUCGGAAACUGGAGAUGGUGGAAUGUUUUACUGGUUGAAUGUGGAAGGCAUGACAGUUGGCUACUGCCUGACGGUUGAACUCAUCCGAGAUUCUCCAAAACAUUGGCCUGCCCACAAGACUCCGCCUGUCGCAGAACUCUUCGAGCACUGGAAGGAGCAAUUUCGAUCAAUGAGUUGGGUAGCACUUGCCUACCAAGGCGAUGGCGGAGGGGUACUUCAACGCUGUUCGCAGUAUUCACAGACAUUGGCUCAAUGCGCAUCGCUGUCAGAGAUGCCAGCAGACUUUGUUUCAAUGGGACGAAGGGGCAUCCUUUCGUACGGUCGUUGAAAAUUAUAACAGCGUCCUCCUUUUGACCAAGAGAUAGUUGUCCUUGAUGGCCUUUUUAGGCCCAAGAGGCUGAAGACAGACGCCGAUGAUCUGACUUUGCCUGAAGGAACGUGGACAAGACAUAAUUUCGAUUGUAGUAGACAUGGUUGGCUUGAUUGCGGCGCUCUAGCAAGAGCAUG